AUGCAAGAAGAACAAUAUGAAAUUGAAGAAGCAUUGGCUAUUGCUGAUGCCGAAGAAGAGGUAUUAAAAAAUUUAGAAAUAGAAAAUAACAUAGAUGAUAAUAAUGAUAACAAUACCCACACACUCCAGGGUAAUAAAGACCAAAAUACUUACCUACCACAAGGUAAUAGUGAUAACAAUACUUACCUGUCACCAUAUAAUAAACACAGAGCUGAGAUUCCUGAAAGAAGUCGUACUAGACGAGAAGAUAUUGAUAGAUACAUAGACGUACAAUCUUCAUCAGACGUUUGUUUACGACCAUACGGGGAAGAAAUAGUCCAACAUGGUGGAAAGAAAUUGAGAGAGAAGACAAUAAUUGCAGAUUUGAUGACUAUUUAG